GAGUCGUAGAGGAUGUGAGUGGCUGGAGUAGCCGUCCGACUGCUUUGGAAAAGUGGUGCUUUAAGCCCCACGACGCAAUGUAAUCGACUGAAAGGUGUCAGAUAUUUUUGGACAAGAAUCCGUUCAAUCUCGCUUCUGCUUCGAGUCGUUUAGGUGCACGUUGAAACGUCGAGGCCUGCUUUGUUAGCCUAGCCUAGUUGAGCAGCAAACAAAGAGAAACAACGCCCCUGGGAUAAGCACGUCGCCCAGCAAGCAAACAUCAAGUCCCAAAAUGUCAGAUGUCAGUCAAGCGAAUCGUCCUGAACGCCAGGAGUCUCCUCGCAUGGAGGAAGAGGAAGAGUCGCCACACAUCAAGAAGGUGGAGGAAGAAUUCGUCCACAUUAAAGAGGAGCAGGAGUAUUUCAUUAGAGUGGUGAACCCCCACAUUGAGGAGCAGCAGCAACCUCAUCUCUACAAAAAGGAGGAGGAGCACCCUCCAUAUGUUAAAGUGGAGGUGGUGGACAUCCCCAAGUGGACUGAUGAGCCCUUGAAGGGUGAAGAUGGCAGUGUGAGUGAGGCCAGCAGAGGGACGGAGCCUCAGAAUGGCAGCAACAGCAGUUCAAAAGAAGGAUCCCAAGCAGACAACCUCAUCGCUCGACCAUCAGAGAGUGACGAUUUCACAUCACACUCCCUGUUCUGUUUAAGCAAAUAUCUUUGUCCUGACGCUCAACAGCUAAAGAGAGAAGGACAACUUCCAAUCAAAAAGGAGGAGGGAGAGCUGCCAUACAUUAAAGAGGAGGGCGAUAUCACCAUGUCGACUGGUGAGCCCUUGAAUAGCGAGGAUGGUCCGAGUGAAGCCAGCAGAGAGACAGAGCCUCCAAGCAGCAGCUCAACGGAAGGAUCGCAACCACACAUUUUCAUCGCACCAUCAGAUAGAAAUGGCGCCACGUCACACUCACCUUACAAAGGUGGUGAUCAGAAGAAAUCACACCGUGGGAAAACCUUUGCUAAUAACGAUACUUGUCGUAUGCAUAUGAGGAGCCACACUGGUGAAAAUCCACAUGUCUGCUUAGUUUGUGGUAGAGGAUUCACUCAACGUCACCACUUAAAAGGACACACAAGAACCCACACUGGUGAAAAACCUUUUUCCUGCUCAGUUUGUGGUCAAAGAUUCCGUGACAAGCUGACCUUGAAACGACACACAAGGACCCACACUGGCGAAAAACCUUUUGCCUGCUCAGUUUGUGGUCGAGGUUUCGCUGCAAAGCAAACCUUACAAAUACACAUAAGUACGCACACCGGGGAAAAACCUUUUUCCUGCUCAGUUUGUGGUAAAAGAUUCGCCCAGAAGCAAUACUUAACAAACCACACAAGAACCCAUACUGGUGAAAAACCCUAUACCUGCUCAGUUUGUAGCCAAAGAUUCAGUCAAAAGAGCAGCUUCAACAAACACCUAAGAACCCACACUGGUGAAAAACCUUUUUCCUGCUCAGUUUGUGGUCAAGGAUUCACUCAGAAGCAAAACUUAAAAAGUCACGAAAGAACCCACACUGGUGAAAAACCUUUUUCCUGCUCAGUUUGUGGUCAAGGAUUCACUCAGAAGCAAAACUUAAAAAGUCACGAAAGAACCCACACUGGUGAAAAACCUUUUUCCUGCUCAGUUUGUGGUCAAGGAUUCAGGCAUAAGAGUGCCUUAAAAGUACACACAAGAACCCACACUGGCGAAAAACCUUUUUCCUGCUCAGUUUGUGGGAAAAGAUUCACUAACAAGAGUGAAUUAAACACACACACAAGAACCCACACUGGUGAAAAACCUUAUUCCUGCUCAGAUUGUGGUAAACAAUUAUGUGACAAGAACGCCUUAAAAAGUCACACAAGAACUCACACAGGUGAAAAGCCUUUUUCCUGCUCAGUUUGUGGAAAAAGAUUCACACAGAAGAGCAACAUAGAUAGACACACAAGAACCCACACUGGCGAAAAACCUUUUUCCUGCUCAGUUUGUGGUCAAAAAUUCGUUAGCAAGGAUCGGAUUAAGAGACACGUGUGUAUUGGUGUGAGAAGCAGUGGCCAAUGACUGUUUUUGACAAUGACUGAGGUUGUAUUAUUUACCUGACGUGUUUCGGCGACUACUUCCACCUUCAUCAGAGUUUCACUGAUGUUGGUGUGACGCAUCAUACAUCAACUGAUGGAAGAUGAAGGCGGAACUAGUCACUGAAACGUCAGAUAAAUAAAACAACCUAAAACACAUUGUCUGGGAUAAAAGAAUAAUUCAGCUAUUAUAUGGACAUGUUUGUAGUUAUUUCACCUGUUUUUGCUUAGUACAUUUCCACGCAUGUUCAUUCAUAGUUCUUUUACCUUCAGUGAGAAUUGACAGUGACACUUGACAAGUCUAAACAAAUGAUGGACAGUAGAUAAAAUAAGCCUCUUCAACUCUUUCUCUUAAAGUGCCUGUGAUGCGAAAAAAAAAAUCUUAAAUGGUAUUAUUGCACUUUAAAUCACAUUUUGAGACGAUUCGACUAUUUACAAUGAUUUGGCAAAGCGCAUUGAUGAGAAAUGAGUCUUUUAAUCUGCCAUCUAUCAUUAUAUUACUCUGGCGUCUCCAUCAGGGUGGUGAUGUCGGCAGAGUAGCGAUUUUAGUGGUUUUUUAAUUCAGCUCAAUGGAGCAGGAAGCGUUUUUUCGCAAUUCUUGUUCAAGUGUGGAUCUUUCAAGUGAUGAUGUCCAUACAGAGGAAGCCUGUGGCAUACAGCCAUAUAUGCUUGUCAUAUUGUAAUAAUUUUCCAGAGCCCUCUGGUAUUGCAUCAAACACAAUAGAAUACUCACGUGGUGUAACAAAAUUCUUGACAUGUAAAAAGAUUACCUUCAUCGUUCAAUAAUUGACUAAGAAAAUGUUGUCUUUGAGUCAUCUUUCAAUACAUAAAGAUUUAUUUCGAUAUUGUAUGGCUUGAUUGUUUCAAAUGUAAUAUCUAUGUGGUGAAAAAUUGUGUUUGUAUAUCAUUGACCAUAACAUAAGGAGUUGAAUGUGGAAUUUCGCUGAUUCAACUGGUAACUUAAAAAUUUGUAAUUAGACCUUAACAGAAAUUCCAGACUUCCUACAGAUUUAAAGAUAUGUGUAUUGAUGAAAUUUCAUUUCAAUUUUUUAGUUGGGAUUUUUCAAAUAUAAUUUAUUCAAUUUCAUUUUUAACGAUGCCUCGAAGUAAAGUCUAAAGCGUUAAAGCCUCCUGAAGCUACAUUAUUUAUCUUAACAUUGUUUAUGUAAUGCAUUUUGUUUUUCCAACCGAAAUAGAAUAAAAUCUGUGAUUUUUUUAAAAAUAAAUAUCUCUUCUCACAUCAAGCGCCAUCGCUGUAAAUGUCAACCUGCAAUUACCUUCAACUUCAGAGACUAAUGAUCUACCAGGCUACUCUCUGUAGCCAAAGAUUAAAUCUCUUCUGGACUGAACCAAUUAAAGGAUCCAAAUUUUCUGUCACCCUUGCCCUUUGGUCCUUUUCAAUUGUAAUACCCAAAUAUUUGACUUUAUGUAUAACGAUGAUCCCAGAUACGUUCUCAUCACAGCAUUCUUUAACUGG